UUAAAAUGUUAACUUUUAAUAAACAAUUUAAUAUGAUAUUUAGUUAAAGUUAUUAAAAUGUGCAAUAAAUUUACACUUUUUUCAUUCAAAGUAAUGUCUUAACUGUGAAAAAUAGUGCAGAUCUAAGAAAAAAUGACAGAUGAUAUUAGUAAGAAAACCAUACCUUCUCCUGUGCAGUUUAUUAUUGCUGGACUUUCUGGUAUGGCAGCUUCUGCUAUGGUGCAUCCAUUGGAUUUGCUUAAGUUUCGUAUGCAAUUGAGUGGUGAGAAAGGUGCAGCUGUUGAUCAUAAAAAUUCAUUUGAAGCAAUAAAAAAUAUACUUAGGAACGAAAAGAUGUCGGGAUUUUACAAGGGUCUAUCAGCAAAUUUGACUAGGCAAAUAGCAAAUACGUCAACAAGAAUUGGCGCAUACAAUACUGUGUCAGAAAAAAUGAACAAGCGAGGAUUUACAAGUGUUUAUCAUAAACUAUUAAUUAGUAGUGGAACUGGAGCGCUAGCAGCAUUGAUCUCUACUCCUGCUGAUGUGGCUGUCGUACGAAUGACAGCUGACGGUCGACUACCUCCAGAUAAGAAACGCAACUAUAAGCAUGUGUUUGAUGCAUUAUUAAGGAUUGGCAAAGAAGAAGGGAUGGUUGGUCUAUGGAGGGGAACUGUACCAACUGUGACCAAGGCAAUGAUAUCAAAUGUUACGCAGUUGAUGUCUUACGACUACGCUAAAACAUUCUUUAAAAAAAGCUAUGAUAUGAAAGAAGGAUUAGUCCUACAUACCGUUUCUAGCAUGAUUUCUGGCGUUGUAUAUGCUGUAUGCAGUUGUCCAAUAGAUGUGCUAAAGACAAGGAUUCAACAACAAACUUUUGUCAACGGUAAAGGCGAGUAUUUAAAUAUGUUGGAUGCUUCCAGAAAACUAGUAAAAAGUGAAGGUAUAACUGCCUUAUGGAAAGGAUUACCGUUUUAUUACAUGCGAAUAGCACCAGCUACUGUUUUGCUAUUCAUUUACAUGGAACAAUUAAAUUAUGCUUACAAAAGAUAUUUUAUGAAAUAA